AGACUCGCAGAAAUGAACGAAGGGGGUGGAGUGUUCCACAUCCGGGUCUCUUUCCCGCUGCUGUGUGUCUGUCCUAGGCUGGCAUUGAGUGGCGUUUCUGACUGUGUGAAGCGGCUGCCAACGUUCGGAGGUGUCCAGACUCUUCCGCCGGCGCAUCUCCUCUGGACCAUCCAUGAGCUCAGAUUUCCAGCAUUACAGUUUCAGGAUGCCAAACAUUGGAUUCCAGAAUCUGCCUCUCAACAUAUACAUUGUGGUCUUUGGCACUGCCAUUUUUGUGUUCAUCCUUAGUUUACUCUUCUGCUGCUACCUAAUCAGGCUCCGACAUCAAGCCCAUAAAGAGCUCUACGCCUACAAACAGGUUAUUCUAAAGGAAAAAGUCAAAGAACUCAACUUACACGAGAUCUGUGCUGUUUGUUUGGAGGAAUUCAAGCCCAAAGAUGAGCUGGGAAUCUGUCCAUGCAAGCAUGCCUUCCACAGAAAGUGCCUCAUCAAGUGGCUGGAGGUGCGGAAAGUCUGCCCGCUCUGCAACAUGCCGGUUCUCCAGCUGGCCCAGCUUCACAGCAAGCAGGACCAUCACGGGCCCUCCCAAGAGCCCCUCCCCGGGGCAGCCAACAUCGUAUAGCUCCCCAUGGGCCUUCCGCUUCUCCAACACAACCCGUAGCCUGACAGACCCCUGCAGAGGCUCGCCAUUCUGUGACCGUGCUGCUUAUGGCCUUGGAGCCUUCGCCAGGAUGCCCUUUGUCUCUUGAAGAGCUCCCAAGAUGCCCCUGGAGGAGGAGGAGGAGGACGAGGAGGCGGCCCAGGUGCUGGGCUGGCAGAAACAUCCGUGGUGCCACGCCCGCCCGUGCAACAAGAAGGCAAGCCAAUGUGCUUUGGCUUUUAUGAGUUUCCUUUUCAGCAGAGCACUUUACAAAGGCUGUGCACCGGUUGAGUGCCUGCCUGUCUUUUGACUUGAGCUGGACACAGACGGUGCAGGAGAGAGAGAGGAAGCCCAAAGUAGAGAGCCGAGAGGCACAGCCCGGGGAGGGCAGGUGGGCAUCUUCUUGUCUGUGGAUGAAGAGACUCUGCACGCUCCUUGGGAAAACUGGGCCCUGCAAUUCCACACCCACCCACCCACCCCCUGGUUACCUCAUACCGUAUUGCCUGUGGCGUCCGGGAUUAAGAACAGCGAGGCCAAAUCCUGACCCUGUUGUAGGGUUCUCCAGGGCGUCCAACAACUCUCUGUGUCUCUCUCUCUCUCCGCUUGGAGAGCACUAGCAGAACCCACUCCAGCCUCUGAGGAAGACGGAGUGCCUAGAGAGCGAGGUUUGGGCUUCCUGCAAGGAGGCACAGAGCUUGCUCGGUUAAAGAGCAAGCCCCGUUUAUCUGCCAGUGGCCUGUUUGGUACCGUUGAGCACCUGACUCCCACCGCUGCUGAAUUCCUGCCUUGGAAAAUGAUCCUUUAAGUGCCCCUGGAAACAAGAAGCAGGGGGAAAAAUCUCACAGUUGACUGUCACCCUAACAAACAACUUCCUCAUCCACGGGAAGCAAAGGAAACAACCAGCCCCUCUCAGCUUCCAGUGGGAAGGGCUGAUGAUCAGUGACUCGGAUUCGGCACUGGAGCGUUGCUAGUCAUCUUGCAGUAUGAAUUCUUUUUGAGCCACGUGCCAGCACAAAGGGCGUUCUCACUCAUGAAGUGGCUCUUGCUUCGAUUGGGUUUGCGAUGUGGGUGUUAAAAUCUACAUUGGCUAGAAGGCUCAUUUGUGUUACAAAUGCCACUCCUCCUCCAGCUCUCUUCCAAUCACUUCAGACAGAUUGUCCAACAGGCUCGAACGAGCCUCACAUGUGAAAAUGCCCUUAGGUUUUUUGCUCCUCCAUGUAAGAACUUUCCAGCUCUCUGCUUUAGUGUUUUCAGUGUCGAGGGAGGCCUUGAAUUCCCCGCAAUCCAGUCAUGUUGCUGCUGCUUUAUGCCAGGCCUAAAUUACUUGCAAGCCAGAAAAGUUUUGUUUUCCCCCAGCGCAGAACUGGGGCAAUUGCACACUGAGCAAGGCAAGUAGGUUAGGAUUUUUUUUGUUGUUGUUUAAAUCUGGUGCAGAACUCCACAUUCUCUUUCCUUUUUAGAAAAGAAAACAACUUCCUAGCCCUCGUUGCUGUAGGAAGAAGCUAGACAGUAUAUUGGUCGUCUGUAGUGAAUUCUCAGAAUUGGCUGGGAAGAAAAAAAUAGGGAUGAGGUUAAGUUCUCAGCAACAAAUUUCUGAACUUGCAUAACUUAUUUGGGGCAUAGUACAGCUUUUCUCGCUACAGGAUUUGGCUUACCUUGGCGAAAAAAGUGGAUCUCUCUAGUGAAGAAGAUGCUUCCAAGUGCUGUCGAUCUCACAAGUUCUGAAUAAUAGUGUCCGUCUUGAAACUGGAGUUGAGGACCUCUCCGCAGUGAAGUUCUCUAUGGAGUCCUACUCAGAUUCCUACAAAUACUUGUUCUGUGUUACUCUGCAGUUUGCAAAAAUCUAUCGCUCCAAGGAGCUGGAGCCUGCUGGGGGGCUUGAACAGAUUGGAUACAAAGUCAUGUGGUGACAGGGUCAAGUUCUGGUUCUGCUUGCAGAAGGCAGAAGUUAGCCAAAGGCCGGGUGUUCCUCUUAGAUGACUGUCAGUGUGGAGACCUGCCUCGUCAGCACAAAAGGCGACACAGAUGGCAGUUGGGGUGGGAGGGCCCUUUUUGGACUGUACAACCUGAGCCUACAAGUGGGAGAACGGAACUGCAGGGCUAAAUAUAAGGAAAGCACUCUGUUUCUAGAUAAAGCCAAGGAAGAAGUGUGUGGGGUGCUAUUCUGCCUUGGUGUGUGUGUGUGCUCCUCCUUCCUUUCACAAACAAGUUGUGCAGGAAUUUGGAUUGUAAACCUGCAAAAGCUGUCUAACUAGAAGUGACAGUGGAAAUCUCUCUGUACCCCCAUGGGAAGCCUCGUUCUCCCGGAAGCCAAUUUCAGCUCUCUCAGAUGGGAUGUCUGUUUUCAGCCUUGGGUGUUUCACUUGGCUGGGAUGAUGGCAUUUCAUCAACAUCUGGAGGGCCACACAUCACCCAACUCUGCUCUAGUCACUUGCAUUUGCCCCAUGUCUCCACUGUUAAGAUCAACAGGCCAAAGACUAGAAAGUAAUCGCUUAUAUCAUGUUGCUCCAACUUCGCCAUCACUUUUCCAUGCUCCAUUUCCCCACUGGCCAGUGGAGGAGAGCAGAGGUCCCCAGCCUUGGUUCCCUGGAUGGUUUAGGACUACAACUCCCAUCAUCCACAGCCACAAUGGCCAAAGAGGAUGGGAGUUAUAGUCUUAAACCUCUGGGGAUUCAAGGUUGGAAACCUCUGGAGCAGAGUGUUUGGAUGCUAUCUCCUCCCUACAUCUUUUGACCAGGCCACCCUCAGAUUUAUUUUUGCCAAUAUUUUUUUAUUUCAUUGAAGGAUGUUUCUGUUCUAGAGCUGGCAUAUAUCCCUCUCCUUCUGGACUCUUGUAGAGCAAUUAGCUAUCUCCGUGGUUUUCCUCACAUUGAUGGAAAGGGUGGCCUCAGCCAAAGGUGAGGUCUAAAAGCCAGUAUAAUUCUAACAAGGUUGAGUUGGCAUACAUAAUCUUGUUUUUCCAAAAUAGCACUAAAGUAUUUAGUCCUUCUGGGUUGCAGCAGAAAGCUUUGAAAACAUAUGAGCAAUAUCUCCCCUAGGGCUGAAAGACCCACAGGGCUAAAGAAAAAUCUCAGCACCUGAGCAUUUGGUGCUGGGAAUUAGGAAUUUGCACACCUUAACAUAGGUCUGACAUUUUAAAACCAUCUAAAUGAUGUAUAUUAGAGCCCUGAAAUUUGAAAUGUUUGUAAUAGUAAAUGCUGGUUAUAUUGGCAGAAUUCAUUUGUCAAAUCAAGAUGAGCAAAUAUGAAUUUUAGGGCAAAACCUUUGAUCUUAUUGACGUUUCAGUUUCCUGACCCCAAAUCUGAAUGUCACAAAAUGUCAAGGCUCUCAUUAGUAAUAUUGGAAUCUAAUUUGGCAAGUUCAAAAAAGGUAGAAAUGCAUCGGAUUUAGGCACUUUUAUUCUUGCCCCUUCACAAAAAGGAGGGGAGACACCUUGUGUUAGCUGUAGUCUCUAAAAAAUAUUCCUGGGUUCUCUCUUUCUUGGGACAGAUUAGAACUCAGUUUGCCCUUCUCUCUGACUUUGGCUUCCUGAAAAUAUCAACUUGCUUUUUAAAAAUAAGUUCAAGUUGCAAGCCCUCAUUGUUCCAGAAAAAAACAUUGGUGGAGAUCUUUGGUCAAAAUUUAUCUGGGUGUAUCGUCAUUUCAGUGUAUGUGAAAGAGACAGGAUGCCCCAACCUUUAUUUCCUUUGUGGGGCUGUUUUUAUUUAUGUUGGUGGUGAUUCAAAGGAAACCGGGAAGGGAAUUUGUUUUCAGUAUUACAUUGUACAGUGUAAAAAAAAAUUCUAGCAUUGGCACAGACUGUUCUUCUCAGCCCUUUUAGUAUGGAGUUACUUUCCUGUGGUCAAUUGACAGUGUGGCAUGCAUUUCAGUAGCGGCAGUCUCUAGGCUUAAGAGGGUCUCUUACUGUUCUAGGCCAUGUAGGAUCAGUCUGUUCCCUUCUCUCCCCCUUCUCCCUUCCCCCUCUGUAAUGUACUUGUAAAUAGCGUACGACUCUCAAGAAUGUUUAUGAACCUUGGGGAUCCUCUCGGAUUCAUAGACACGUUUGUACACUAAAAUAAAUUAAUUAAUUCUGCAGCAGAAUUUUUUUUUUAAGGACAAAGAAAACAUUUGCUGGGUUUUUAUUUUGUAAGCUAUAUUUUUGUAUAUUUAAUUGCUAUUUUAAAAUUCUAAUGCAUCUUUUUUGCUAAUCACACUAUUCUUAAAACGUGGGAGGGGGGAGAGAAAGUUUGCAUGUGAUUUGACUUGAAAUGUAAAUAAAGGCAGAUUUUCAAAAUACA